AACAAACAAAGCCCCUAAAUCCACUGCUCUUCCUUAAUUUAUGCAAAAAUUAUUAUAAAAUUGGACACCAAGUUAUUCACGUUAAUCGUUCUCAAACUGCUCCGGUCAAUCCUUAUCUUUCCUGAUUUUAAUGUCCAUAUUCAUUGAAAUGAAAUAGUUCAUAAAAAAAUUAAAAUAGGAAUCUUUAUUAGGACGAAAAUUUCUGUUCCCCAAAAAAAGAAUAUUGCGGCCUGGGUCCCACAGUUCACACCGAAUCAUAACACAAACUCAAAUUCAGUCCUCCUCGGCCUCGGUUCGCACGCCUCGACACAAAAGCACGCCUCCCGCACUUUGACCGUUGAUUUUUGACUCUCCCCACCACCUCGCCACCACUUUUUCCGCCCACCGCACCAUUGCGCGCAUAGUUUAAUAGCAGCUAGAAGCAAUCAGAAAAAGAAAUAGGAAGGAGGAGCUUCAAGUUUACCUGAUAUGCAAUGAGGAAUCGAAAUCGAUCGCACAAUAGCAGCGAUCAAGAGAUAGGAAGAACUCCUCUUCUCUGCCUCGACGUCAGCAAAACAGAGCCGCCUCCCAGCUACUUCCGGUGCCCCAUCUCCCUAGAAGUGAUGCGGUCGCCGGUGAGCCUCUGCACCGGCGUCACCUACGACCGCUCCUCCAUCCAGCGUUGGCUCGACUCCGGAAACACCACUUGCCCCGCAACCAUGCAGCCCCUCCACUCCACCGACCUCGUCCCCAACCUCACCCUCCGCCGCCUCAUCCACCUCUGGUCUUCCUCCACCUUCUAUUCUGACCAACAUCUCCCCCCUCUCUCUGACCUUGCCCGCGCCCUCUCCGACCCCGCUGUCGACGAAGCCUACAAGCUCAGCCUCCUUUCUUCUGAUGCUCUCCGCCCCUCCACCCUUGCAUCCCUCUUCGACAGCCAUGAAACCCUCGAACUCGCUGUCACCCUCAUCUCUCUCCUCCUCUCUCUCGAUCUCGUUGACGCGGGUAGAAAACGGGCAUUGAUCACCGCUCUGUUGUCAGAUCUCGACGCUACCACCUCCGGCAUUGUCUCCGUUCUCAAGGGGGGCCCGGAUCAUUCUACUUCUCGGGUUGCCGCCGCUAGAGUUUUGGAAAUGUUGAUCGCGGAGACGAAGAUGGUGAUUGCAGAGAAGCCGGAUCUGAUGACGGAGCUGGUGAGGCUAAUUGGCGAAAGUGAUCCGGAGUCUGUGGAUGCGGGAUUGCGAUGCCUGAUGGGAAUUAAUGGGGCGGGGAGGAGAGCGAUGACAGAGAUCGUGAGAAUGGGUGUAGUUCCUGCAAUUACGAAAGUGAUGGAGAGAGAAGGGGAUGGGAUCCCGGCGCCGGUUGUGGCAAGGGCGAUGCGGGUUUUGGAGUUGGCGACCGGGUGCGCCGAGGGGAGGGCGGCGAUCUGUGCGGAGGCGGAGAGGUGCGUCGCGGCGGUGGUGGGGAUGAUGAUGAAGGUUGGGAACGAGGGAAGUGAAGCGGCUGUGGCGGUAUUGUGGAGUGUGUGCUGCGCCGGCGGCGGUGAUCGUCGGGCUAGUGAGGCGGCGGCAGCAACGACGGGGGGAUUAACGAAGAUACUGAUGGUGAUGCAGGGCGAUUGUUCACCGUCGACAAGAAAGAUGGCGGGAGAUUUGCUUAGGGUUUUCCGGGGAAAUGAUAGGAGCUCCAUGGGAGCCUCAGGAUAUGAUUCCAAGACGCUACACGUUAUGCCGUUCUGAAAGAAAUGGCGGCGUUAAUUGUUCUUAUGGAAAUUUUGGAAAAAAGAUGAAAAUGGUUGGAAUCAGUAAUUUAUUUAUAAAUGUGAAAGAAUAAAUUUUAAAAGA